AUGAGAGAUGAAGAUGAAACCGAAGUAGAUGCGAUUGUGUAUAUGAAAUUUGUUGCAGAGAUAAGCCAUGAUAGUGCCUAUAUUCAUGGUUUUCCAGAAUGUUUGAACAUUGUUUCAGAAAAAUCACAGGAUUUAGCAGUUUCAAGAGCUCCACUACAAUCAAUGAACAUUUACAGCUUGCUCUGCUACUUUCCAAUCGCAACUUUUGACCCAACAUUACUUUCACGGGGUGAUAUGUUGCUCCCAUCGGGAGCAGAGGCGUGGAGGGAAAAGUCUACAGAGCCAGAAAGACCUGCCAGACGGCCUUACAGAAGACCCCCCUUCCUCUAUGCUCUUUCAGUUUCCGCCCGAAACCGUCGAGUGGCCCCCUUCCUCUAUGCUCUUUCAGUUCCCCCUUCUCUUCCUCCUUUCAGCAGUGGUGGCCCCGUCGGAAAGCCCCUUAUCCUCCCGCCCAAAACCCCCUUCUCCUCCUCCUUUCACAGAGGCGGAUCAAUUAACAUCCAUGUUAGGCCGAUUGAGGGGAUAAUCAUAGUCGUUGAUCUUGAUCAGAUGGAGAUUGUUCAUUAUUCAGAUGAAGGAGAGGUUGUGGUGCCGAAGGCCGAACGGAAGGAGUAUCGAGGGUCGCGGCUGAAGCCGCCAUUUGUAGCGUCAGUGAAGCCGAUAACCAUUGUUCAGCUCCAUGGCCACAGCUUCCGAGUUUCAGGACAAGAGAUGAGCUGGGCAGACUGGAGUUUCCACCUGCGGCAUGACGUUCGGGCGGGCAUCGUCAUCUCUCUGGCUUCAAUUUUUGACAUCAACAGAGGCCUGAGCCGGAGAGUCCUAUACAAAGGGCAUCUCUCCGAGCUCUUUGUGCCUUACAUGGAUCCUACAAACGAGUGGUACUACCGGACCUUCUUCGACGCCGGCGAAUUCGGUUUCAUCUCGUCAGCUGUUUCACUCCAAAGAACUGUUGAUUGCCCUGCAAACGCUGUGUUCAUGGAUGCUUACUACGCCGACCAAGAUGGGAACCCAGUCCAAAUCCCAGACGUUCUCUGUGUGUUUGAACGGUAUGCCGGAGAUGUUGCUUGGCGCCACACUGAGGUGGAAGCUUCAGAGAAUGAGAUAAUUUUCUUUUGAAUAAUCAUGUGUCCGACGAAUUUGGAGAGGCAACUGAAUCAGCCGAGUUGAUAAAAGAACAAUUUCACAUGAGAUUUUUAUGCGAGGCAAAUAUCGCGAGAUUUCGCUUCUGUAAACCCGUCUGGCAAUUCUUUCUGGCUCUGAAGAA